AUGUCUAUAGGCAAUCAAGUACACCAAGAUGCAUCCCCGGGUUCAACAUCACCUCUUUCUGAGGAGAAAGUCCUCCCGACAGCUGAAACAGACGAAGUCGAAUACGCUACCGGACUCAAACUAUUCCUCAUCAUGCUCACAAUCCUCAUGAGCACCAGUCUCGCUGCCAUCGAAAUAGGCAUCAUCGCCACCGCAAUUCCUGGUAUCACCGACACGUUCCAUCGUCUAAACGACGUCGGAUGGUACGGAAGUGUUACCUUUAUCAUGGCCAGCGCCGCACCCAUGUGGGGCAAGGUAUACAAGUAUCUUGAUAUCAAGUACGCUUACCUCGCCUCCAUCGCCUGCUACCUGGUAGCGAGCAUAGUAGGCGGUACAGCCCGUAACAGCAAUGCAGUGAUCGUUGGUCGGGCACUCCAGGGACUUGGGGCGUGUGGUACUCUUGGUGGCUCGCUCCUUGUCAUCAAUUAUGUGGCUUCACCCAGCAAACGUCCUGUGUUAAUUGGAGUGUGGAUGGGCAUUUUCAUGAUCUCUACCAUUAUUGGACCUUUGAUCGGAGGCGCCUUCACAAGCGGAGUGUAA